AUGUCUGAUAACAAACUGCAACUCAACGCUGCUCAAACUGAGCAAACAAGUAAUUCACAAAAUAUUGCCAAAAAUCUUAAGCGCCGAAUUGCCUACAAACAAAUGCCUGCUGAAAAAAAGACAGCUCUUCUAGAGCGCCGUCGGGCUCGCUACUGCGCUCGAAGACAUGGUUUUCCUCAAAAACAUCUUCCUCCUCAUUCCUCAUUAGCUACUUCCGCGGGAGAACAACUCAUUGAGUGUAACAGUGUGUAUGAAAUAGGAUCAACAUCCACCACAUGUAGUGACCAUUCCAAUUUACUUCAUCCAGACCCAACUGUCAAAGAACCCACACAGAGCCAAAUGGGUUGUUGGAGUAACAACCCAUUACCUUGCAGCCCUGCUCUGUUAAAGAAAGUUCCAAACUGCAAAUUCUGCCAAGCCAGAAGAUUUCAAUAUGAAUCCCCUGGUUUUUGCUGUGCCAAUGGCACUGUCAAAUUAAUUUCACAGCAAUUACCUCCUGCACUACAGAGACUGUAUUUCGGUGACACUAAUGAAUCCAAUCAUUUCCUCACUUACAUCAGAACAUACAAUAAUAUGUUUGCCUUUACUUCACUUGGAGUAAAAUAUGAUAAGGAAUUAGCAAAAAGGAAUCAAGGUAUAUAUACCUUUAAAGUUCAAGGUCAAAUGUAUCAUUUCAUAAAUAAUCUCUUCUCCCAUGAUAAUCAGGUUAGAAACUUACAGGUUUACUUCUAUGAUAAUGACGAUGAUAUAAUUAACAAAAUGUUGUUCUCCGAAAAUCUUGAACGAACAGUUGUUGCGAAGUUACUAGAUAUCCUACAGAUUAAUCCAUAUUCCAUGUUUCUUAAAUCCUUAACAUGCAUUCCAAACUUAUCUAACUUCUACAUUGCACUUAAAUGUGAUUCUGCAUUGGACCAGCGAACACAUAAUUUACCCACUGUCUCCGAGGUUGCUGCUAUAUUAGUUGAUGAUGACUCAAAUAAUGUUAUUUCUACACCUCACAUUCGCAUUUACACUCACUCUGAUCGUAGCCAAUUAGUGCAUUAUUACUACGGCUGCUACGAUUCAUUACAAUAUCCUCUAUUGUUUCCUUAUGGAGAAAAUGGGUGGCAUUGUGGUAUUCAAAAAUUCCUUCGCCAACCCAUUUCUUCAACCAAUCGUUCUACUUCUAAUAAUGAACAACUUCCCCAGGUAUCUAACUGGUCCUCAAUUGAUGGACUUCUUAUUGUUGAACAACAAUUCUUACAAAAUCAAAGGCAAAAAAAAAAUACAGUCUCAUGCCGCGAGUAUUACUGUUAUAAACUUCAAAUUAGAGAUAAUGAAGAAAAUGGAACCUUACAUUCUGGGAGACUGUUCCAACAAUAUUCUGUGGACGAAUUUAUAAAAGUUGAAACCCAACGACUUGAUUUUGUCUGGUUCAAUCAGGAUCUCUAUAGAUCUGAUGUAUUAGUAGGACUCAUGGAUCUUCAGAGACAAGGAGAAAGAGAUGCUUCAAACAUAGGCAGAAAAACAAUUCUUCCUGCCAGCUUUACUGGAGGUCCCCGAGAUAUGCGUCGUCGAUAUAUGGACGCCAUGGCCUUAGUACAACAGUUUGGAAAACCCGAUAUCUUUCUGACAAUGACAUGUAAUCCUUCCUGGCCAGAAAUCCAAGAAUUCUUAUUACCAACUGAUGAAGUUCAAAACAGACCCGAUUUAAUAAGCCGAAUAUUUAGAGCAAAGGUUGAAGAUUUAAAGACAGAUAUUGUUAAGAAAAAAAUCUUUGGAAAAGUCGCCGCUUAUAUGUACACUAUAGAAUUUCAAAAGCGUGGUCUUCCCCAUGUACAUUUUCUUAUCAUACUUACGGAUGACCACAAAUUCUUAACACCUGAGGCUUAUGAUAAAGUUGUUUGUGCUGAGAUACCUGAUCUCGCAACAGCUCCUUAUCUACACUCUUUAGUUAUUAAACAUAUGAUGCAUGGUCCUUGCGGAAUAUUAAAUCCUAAAAGCCCCUGUAUGAAAAAGCUGGGACAAUGUAAAUUUAGGUUUCCUAAAAAUUAUGCCUGCGCAACAUCCAAAGGUGAAAAUUCAUAUCCAAUAUACAAAAGACGAGACACAGGAAAAUAUUUCAAAAUUAGAACUCAAUAUCUUGAUAACUCAUGGGUUGUUCCUUAUAAUCCCUAUCUCUUAGCUAAAUUUAAUUGUCACAUAAAUGUUGAAAUUUGCUCAGACAUUAAAGCUGUCAAAUAUAUUUAUAAAUAUAUUUGUAAAGGACAUGACAAAAUUGCUUUUCACAUACAUGGUAAUGAUGAUUCUGAUACAGUAAUUGACGAAAUCAAAGACUAUCGAUUAGCUAGAUGGGUUUCACCACCCGAAGCUAUGUGGCGUUUGUUUGCCUUUCCUAUUAACGAAAUGAAUCCCUCUGUUUACCAUCUCCAACUACAUCUGAAAGACCAACAAUUUGUCUCUUUCAAAACAACAGCAGAUCUAAACACAAUCUUGAACAACCCUGCAAUUAGAAGAAUAAUGUUAACAGAAUUCUUCUCAAUGAAUACGACAAACAGAAAAGCUAUUGAACUCCAGUUAUUAUACAAAGACUUUCCCCAAUACUUUGUUUGGUCUACAAGGGAUAAAAUGUGGACCCAAAGAAAACAAGGCAACGUCAUUGGACGUAUUGUUACCUGUCAUCCAACAGAAGGAGAAAGAUACUACCUUCGACUAUUAUUGAUGAACAUAAAAGCCCCAAAAUCAUACGCAGACCUACGGACUGUUAACGGAACAUGUUAUAUCACAUUUAGAGCUGCUGCAGAAAAACAUGGACUGAUGGCUUGUGACAACAACUUAGUUCAGUGUAUGUCUGAAGCAGCUACUUAUCAAAUGCCACAGAGCCUUAGACGCUUAUUUGCAACACUAUUAGUGUAUUGUAAUCCUGCUAAUCCAAAAGAAUUAUGGCAAACGUUUGAAUAUCCUAUGUCUGAAGAUUUUCUACUUAUACCAAAUAUACAAACAGACCACAUUCGGUUUUUGGUUUUAGAUGACAUCAAUAAUAUUUUACAUUCAUUGGGUCAUAAUAUAAAUGAAUUUACACUCAUAUCAAAUAAUAAUUUCUCCUUUUCCACAUCUUCUACCAUAAUGCAACAACCCACAGACAUCCAUUUGGAACGAAAUAUAAUAGUCACAACCGCAGAUUUGUUGCUUCAUACAAAAUUAAAUAAAGAACAGCAAAAUGCUUAUAAUGUUAUCCUCGGUCGAAUAUUUUUAAAUAAGCCAGGAGCUUUCUUCGUUGAUGGACCUGGAGGAACUGGAAAAACCUACCUAUAUCGUGCCUUAUUAGCUACUGUACGAUCUAAAGGAUUUAUAGCUUUAGCGACUGCAACUUCUGGUGUUGCGGCUUCCGUUCUUCCUGGAGGACGAACUGCUCAUUCACGUUUCAAACUUCCUAUUGACAUACGUGAUAAUCAUGGCUGUAACAUUAGCAAGCAAAGUUCACUUGCAUCUUUAAUUCGAGAUGCAAAACUAAUAGUCUGGGACGAAGUUUCAAUGGCCAGGAAAAAACUUAUCGAAACUUUUGACUUACUUUUAAGAGACAUAAUGAACAUAAAUACACUCUUUGGUGGAAAGGUUGUCGUUUUUGGAGGUGACUUUAGACAAACUUUACCUAUUGUACAGAAUGGCAGAAAAGAUGACUUCAUUAAUGAAAGUUUGCUAAAUUCACCCAUUUGGAGUCAACUUGAAAAAUAUCAACUGCUGCAGAAUAUGCGCGCAAGAACAGAUCCUGCUUUCUGUAAAUACUUGCUCAAAAUUGGAGACGGCAAAGAAACAAUAAAUGCACAUGGUGACGCCAUAACAUUUGUUGGAAUAGACGAAACUAUCGAGCCAAAAGAUCAAACGGAAUAUGAAGAUUUUUUGCAUUCUCUAAAUCCCUCUGGUUUGCCUCCUCAUAGGUUAAUUCUAAAACAAAAUUGCCCCGUUAUUCUGCUACGCAAUUUAAAUCCUUCCAAAGGUUUAUGCAAUGGUACACGACUCAUCUGCCUUGAUUUCAAGACUCAAGUUAUUAGUGCCAAAAUUGCCAGUGGUGAUUUUAAAGGAAGCCAUGUUUUUAUUCCUCGAAUACCGCUCUUAUCUUCGCAAGAUGCACAAUUGCCCAUUCCUUUUAAAAGAACACAAUUUCCAAUCCGAUUAGCUUUUGCUAUGACCAUAAACAAAUCUCAAGGUCAAACACUUGAUUUUGUCGGAAUUUAUUUGCGCCAACCUGUCUUUUCUCAUGGUCAACUUUAUGUAGCUUUAUCACGAGCCAAAAAUUCAGACAACGUUAGAAUACUAAUUCGCCCACCAACUGAUCAUAAUCAUGAUGAUCACUCUACGUACAAUAUAGUGUAUGAUGAAAUUAUAGGAAAGGCAUUCUCUUAG